ACCACUCACACCGUUGAGUAAUGACGAAAACGGAAGUCGCUAGUCCCGGUGGUCAAGCUUCAGCGUGCCAACGGAUCUUCCCGCACACUUGCUGCGCCAGGCCGCCGGCAUGGAAGUGCCUUGCUACCUGGCCAAGCUGCUGCGGGAACUGAACGAGCAGCGCAAGAGAGACUACUUCUGUGACUGUAGCAUCCUGGUGGAGGGACGGGUAUUCAAGGCUCACCGCAACGUGCUGUUUGCUGGGAGCGGCUACUUCCGUGCUCUUCUGGUGCAUUAUUUGCAGGACACAGGGCAACUCCACAGCACUGCCUCUCUGGACAUAGUCACGGCCGACGCCUUCUCCAUCAUCCUGGACUUCCUUUACUCGGGCCGCUUGGCCCUCAACAGGGGCAACGUCAUCGAGGUCAUGUCGGCGGCCAGCUACCUGCAGAUGACGGACCUGGUGAACUUCUGCAAGGAGUACAUCCGCUCGUCCCUGGACAUAUGCAACAAGGAGAAGGAGGUGGUCAAGGAGCCGGAGAGUCGAGAGGCGCCCGCCGACAGCGUCGCCCCCGCAGAGUCCCUGGAGUCCGUCUCGCGGGCGGGGGCAGAGGCGGACAGGGGCUCGGGUUCUGAGUCAGUGGUCUCGGUGAGAGCGCCCUCCGCGGAGCGUUCGCCCCCACCCCCAGGACCCAGCAAGACCCCGCAGGGCAGCUGUAGCUUGAGGGGCAGCUUUUUAUCGGCGGGGGAGGGAUCAAAGGGACACGUCGAUCUGGCCACCCAGUCCUCCUCUUCUUCUGCCGGAUUGACCCCCGAACUCCUGAACCCCAAAAUCGAGUACGACCCGGACGAGGAGAUGGGGGAGUCCCCCGACACCAAAGAGCUGGGCUUGUAUCCUGGGGUCACUCAUCCAGACCACGGCAGGCUGCUCCCAGCUAGCCCCUGCACCGGCAACGAACGCUCGCCCUUUGGACACGGGGGCUACCUCAACGGGAGACACUUCACAGACUCGCUGGCCAGAAGCGAAGGCUCCAGUCCGAUAAGGGACAGGGGGAACCUGGGCCAGCGCUUUACCCAUGGACUGGACGCUGCCAUCGACGGAGGCAGGCUGGACGAGGGCCUGGGGAUGGAAGGAGCGUCCGUAAUGGGAAUACAGUCGGACUGGUUUGUCGAGGACACAGGCGACUGCAUGUUAAUGCCAGUAAAACUCCACAAGUGUCCUUUUUGCCCGUACACGGCCAAGCAGAAGGGCAUUCUGACGAGACACAUCCGCUGCCACACGGGAGAGAGGCCCUUCCCCUGCCCCAUCUGUGGCAAGAGGUUCACCAGGCAGGAGCAUAUGCGCAACCACGCCCUCUGUCGUCACCGUCACUACAUGCCGCUCGUGUGCAAGAGCUGCAGGAGAGCCUUCGAAGGGGGUGACAUCACAGAGAGCCUGAAGCGCUUCGGCGUCUGCAACGACUGCAGCUCCGGCAACGUCCGCCACGACCCCGCCUCGGGCCCCGCACAGCCGGCUACCGGCCCCAGGGCCGAGAGAGGGGACGGUGGCACCUACUGGUCCAGUUUCAUGGACGACGUGGAGGAGGGCCGGGUCGAGGGGCUGGGGGAGAAACAGAUGCCCGGUCCGGUGGGGAUGUAGCUUCACGUGACCCCACCCAAAAGUUCAUCGGGCGGGUGGCAGUAGCUCAUGAGGGAGAGCGGGUUGGCUGGUAACUGCAAGGUUGCUAGUUCGAUCCCCGGCCUCUCCUGGCUGUGUUGAGGUGUCGAUGAGCAAGGCACCUCACCCUGACUGCUCCCGACAAGCUGGCUGUCUCCUUUCAUGGUUGACUCCGCCGUCGGUGUGAGAAUGUGUGCAUGAGUGGGUGAAUGUCAUGCAAUAUCAGUGUUUCCCCCAGAAAAUGUCUUACUCAAGGCAGUGGGGGAAACACUGAAUAUUGUAAAGCGCUUUUGAUAAGAGCACUAUAUAAAUGCAGUCCAUUUACCAUAUUCAUCACUCUGUUGUUGUGUUUCUUCCACUGCGGCCCAUAUUGCUAUUGUUCCAUGAAUGAUUCGCUCUGACCUUUGUCCUUAGUUGGUCGGACUGGUGGACUGAUGGAGCAUUGGCAGUGAUCUCUGCAAAAAGUGCAGGUGGCAGGUGAUAAAAUGCCAAAUUACAGAUGUUCAAAAUCGAUGUUCUGUUUUACUGUGGCCGUUCUGAUGGAAGACGUUGUAACAUCAAAGACUUGAUAUGAUUAUUUAUUUACAAGAGUUGUACUAUAUUUUGUCUAUUUUUAUAUUCUUUUAUUGUUCUAUUAUGGGCAGCUGAUGCUACAAGAUUCAUUUUUGGUCUGUAAUUAAAUGUACAUCUGAUGCUAGGAAUGGUAUUCUUUCAUGUAGCCUAUUUGCUAUAAAUGGUCUUUCCAAAAGUACUGUAACAAUCGGUAUUUUGUCACAGGCCUACAUUAAUAAGGUCAAGAUAAUGAAGCUGGCGACCGCUUCCAUCAAUUUAUUUUCUUAAACAAAUAAGGGCGGUGGGUUAUUCCUCUGCAGCCACCAUCGCUCUGUGUUGAAUAGAAUUAUCAGUUCCUGUUUAACACAUUUUUCUUAUGGAGGUUGGGCAGGUCACUGGUUAGGAUACUACAUCAUAGCAGCGGGACUGAAUUCCGUAUAAUUCAAAUAGCGACCCUUCUUGUGUUUGCGCUUGGAUGCGGAGCGCGAUACACGGCCGAUUGGGAAAGUCUGGAUGCAAGACCCCUACCGCAAUGGUUUGACAAAUCUGUAUUCAUUGGGCGGUAUUCUCUGUCCCUGGUUUUGGGAGGUUCAGUGAAUGGUUCUGGUAUUGGUGGAAGGGUUUAAAAUAUCAACAAGAAAUUGAGUUCAAUUUCUGAACUCAAAGAAGUCAGCGUAACUUCCAUUACGCAGACUUUGCAAAAGAGUUUCAUGCAGAAUUCUUUGACCCCAACGGUUGGGCCGAAAUAUUGGAAGCGUCUGGUGUCAAGUGAGUACUCUAGCGUUUUAAUAUAAUAGCCCUGAGUCAUCUGACUGUUUACACAUGCCAAUCAAUCGAUUUGAUUGAUUAAACCUGAGAGACAACAUAAAAAAAAAAGCAUAAUUUUGUGUUAACGUGUGUGGUGGUAGGCGAUGACUCCAGUUAAACCAGUGAAUGAGUUUC